GGUAGUUAUGGCCACCAACGUGAAUGGCUUUGGAAGAGGAUUAGACAAAUUCGUAGAGGAUGAGACUAUUAUAGCCACUAGCCCUGGCGGCUAUGUUCUCCCUUCACUGCCAGAGAAAGCAUGUCUCAAUACCAAAACCUACCUGUUUCUCCAAAGCAGCGUACAAGAUUUCGUGUGAACCAGCAUCCACAUCUAGUUAUUAAGCGACCAUCAGUUCCCAUCCAGAUUCAUACAUUGAUUUUGUUCUGUGGCACUCGUACAGCUGCCGUUCUUUAAAAACAACGUGUGAACUAAAAUAAUAUGUAUACUUGCUCUCCUUAUAUGUUGGUUUGGGGUCAGGACUGUCUAAUGAAACAGGGCUGGUGACAAAAAGAGCACCCACGGAUUUGUAAGAUGGGCCAGGAUAUAUUUGGACAGGUCCUCCUCUUCCCCCCCCCCCCCGCUUGACUGCUGUGGCUCAUCCUGGCCUCUUAUCACCUCGGAAGCUGCCUUGUAGGCUUGGAAGGCGUCCCACGUCAUUAAUUCUCAGACUGGUUAUUGGGAAAUGGGAUGUUAUCUCCAUCCUGUUGUGCAGAAGAGCACCCUGGAGCUCAGGAACGACUUAAGUAGCACUGCUGUCACGGUACAAUUGGGGGCUAUGAGACAGAGGGAUAGACUGAUGUGUCUGUUGCCAUAAAUAACUUCCAGCUCAUCCCUUCCUGGUGUCCUCUCACCUGCCCCCACCCUCCCCAGUUCACCCAAUGUUAUUCAUCUUGUUCCACUACACUUUCUGUUCCAGGCUUUGUGCCUAUGUUAGCUGCUUGGCAGGUUGGUAAGUUGUUUCCUGGCAGGGCCCAGUGGCUUGGGCUAGUGCCCUCAUGAGCAGGCCCCUCUGGAGAUUUUGGCACCCACAGCAGAGGGGAAAAAAUGCCCUUAGGGUAUCGUGUGUCUCACCACAGAGGCAGGAGUUCUAUGCUGGGGGAGCAGCAGCCACUACUAAGGCUAGUGAUGGAAGCCUUUUAGAAGAAGGUUGGUUGGUUGUCUUAGUUUAUUUACAUGCUGCCUUCACACAAUGAGCAAUGCCCAAAGUGACUUACAAGUUACAACGAACAUUCACUUUUCAAAAUACAAAGCACUGGGGUGGGGGGUGGGGAGAAAGGCCAGUUUACAAAAUGUAUACCUCUAUUCCUAGGUAGCACUUUAAAAAGGGAGUUGUCCUUGAUUCCAGAAGCUCAUAGUAAUUGCAGGAUGGAUGCCCCUAAAUUUAUCAUUUAUUGCAUUUAUAUACCACCUUUAUCUUCCAAGGAUUUCAAUGUGUUGUACAUGGUUCUCAUCCUCACAACAACCCUGUAAGGUAGGUAAGGCUAAGAAAUGGUGACUGGCCCAGGUUCACCCAGUUUGCUUCAUGGCUGAACAGGGAUUUGAACCCUGUUCUCCUAGGUCCCAGCCCAAAACUCUAACCAUUAUGCCACACUGGACAGAAGGUGGUGGACUCACUUCUGCUAGUAGUUUUAAAGCAGUGGCCGGAUGGUCACCUGUUUCAGGGAUGUUGCUGGAGUGGUUUUCCUGCAUUGACAGGUGGCUGAACUAAAUGAACUUUGGAGAUCCCUCUCAACCUGACGGUUUUAUUACAGCCAUAUUUCAGAUGCUACAGCUUUUGACAUUAUGAUCGGCAGCUCUGUGCAGGGACCACCACUUUUGGAAACUCCACGUGUACGUGGAGAUUCUAGGAUGUAUGUACACAUGACAAUACAAAUCUCCCAGGAGUGACUCAUAGGAUAACUCGGGACACUUGCCGCUGGGCACGGAGCCACAAUCCCUGUCCCCAAUCUAUCCAGGAGAAGGACAUCUGCCUAUAUGGAAUUGACAAAUCUUCCCCAGGAGUCAAGGGGGAAACUCAGUGCACACCUCCCUAUUGGGAGGGAGUCUCUGGCUACUAAUGGGUCGUUUUUAGGAAGGUGAGCUGUGUGCAGUUGGAAAAGGAGAGAUUGCGACAAGCUGAGCUCACGGCAAAGGCGUUUGGAGUGGGGAAUGUGAACAGGGUCACUUGGGAAGGACGCACACCAGGUCUUUUAAGUCGGCGGCUGUGAGAGGACGGAGCAGGUCCACAGAGUCCUGCAUAAAGCUUGGGAAGAGAGCAGAACCAGGGGGGAGCAUUGGGGAAAACUUCACAACUCCAGGAUAAUGGCAGAGAAGAUGGCAAUGGACCAGGGGGUGAAAUGGGCAACAGACCUGAUUGAACAGAAGCUGGCGCUGGAGGAGGAGGAGGAACAGAAACACCGUUCCUGCUCGCCUGCAGAACCGCCAGUUGUGGCCCGGCUAGAUACCCCACUUCUGGAGGAUGAGAAGAAGCAUGGGCCUCUCAACAAAGGUCUUGAGGAGCUUAAGGGCCAGGAAAGGGUGCGGAAGAGCUCUGUGGACCUGAGACGAGAGAUCAUCCAAGUUGGUGGCACACAAUACCUCUUUGAGCUGCACAAAAAGCCAAAGAAGAAAAAAGAGGAGAAGAAACCAGAGCCUGAACCAGAGGAGAUUACGGGUCCUGUGACGGAAGAGGACUUCUUGAAAGCGGCUGUGCAAGGCAAGGUGCAUGUGGUGGACAAGUUCCUGGCAGAUGGGGGAUCCCCAAACACCUGUGAUGAGUUCCGCAGGACAGCAUUGCACCGUGCCUCACUUGAGGGGUACACGGAGAUUGCAGAGAAGCUUUUGGCCCAUGGAGCCACGGUCGACUUCAGAGAUCGACUGGACUCCACAGCCAUACACUGGGCCUGCCGAGGAGGACACCUGGACGUGGUGAAGCUGCUGCAGGAGAAAGGAUCCAAUCUCAAUGUCAAGGACAAGCUUCUCAGCACCCCACUGCAUGUGGCCACCCGUACUGGCAUGGCAGAGAUUGUGGAGCACCUGAUAAACAAUGGCGUGGAUGUCAAUUCCCGUGACCGGGAGGGAGACAGUGCCCUGCACGAUGCUGUGCGCCUCAAUCGCUACAAGAUCAUUAAGAUGUUGAUUCUGCAUGGGGCAGACAUGAUGGCCAAAAAUCUGGCUGGGAAGACACCCACCGACCUGGUGCAGCUAUGGCAGGCAGACACACGGGAAGUGCUGGAGAAGCAAGAGCCUGAGGCAACAGAGUUGCCAGCAUGAGCAAACGGACAAAAGAUGGAAGUCCAAGCAAGGAUGGUUCUGGACUUGGGAGAGGCUGUGCCAUUAACACUCAAUAAAGAACCAAG